AUGUAUCGGAAGUUGUCUAAGUUAGAACACUCGGAAAUAAAACAACUUCUUACAGAAGCUAACAUAGAUGUUGCAAAACAUUACGCGACAAACAAAAAAGCACUCGCUGACAUCCUCAAUGACUACAAUGGUGAAAUAACUUAUGAUAGAAUUCAUGAGUUCAUAAAGCCGCAACGCGGCGAGGACGAAGUCCAUGCAAGAGCAUUUCCUUUAAAUGACGUUGCUAUUGACUUAUAUCAUAGACGUUCAAUACCUCAUGAAGUAAGAAGAGAAAUGUUUGACAUAACAAAUGCAAACGUUGGUCAUACUCGUAAAGCUCUUUCGCAUGACGUUCGUCAAGAGAUGUUUGACAUAACAAAUGCAAACGUUGGUGAAACAAGAAGAAGAGACGACACACUGAAACAACAGAGAAGAGAGAUGUUUAAAAGUGCUAUAGAACAAGUUCGCAAAGCUAACGAUGUCAUUCGUUCCAUUGACGACAAACCAAAAGAAGGUGAGAGAUGGUUAAAGAAAGAUGAAGAGAAUAGGAAGAGAAAUGUGA